AUGCCUACAAUUACUCUCGAAGAGCUUCACACCUAUCAUGCAAUCGAUCGAGAAAUAUUUUCUCGACUGCUUAUACCUUUGUCGCGAAAUCCCGCCGAAUCUUUAUUAGUCAUGGCUUUAUGGCUAUGGCUGGAAGAAAAAGGUUACCCAAAUAUGAUAGUAAAAAUGAGAAGUCUAUCAAAUCUUUUGUUGAAUGCUUUAGCCGACGAAGCUGUUUUGUGUCUGAAAUGUCUCAAAGCCAACACUUUUCCAAUGUCGUCGCCUAAUAUCCAGUCGUCGUCUAAUAUCCCACUUACUGCGAGAAUUUUGGAAAAAAAUAUUUCUUUAGAAAUUUUUUACCAUAACAAAUUCGUUGCAAUUAGUGGGAUCAAGAAUUUUCUCAACACUGUUUGUUCUAAAAUAUUUACUGACAUUUUGCAGCUUGUUUUAGCAGCAGAAAAUGGGCCGUCGCCAUUUCUUGCGAUUCCUGGUUUUCCUCAUCCGAUAUUCGGUAAUGUUACUAUAAUUCCAAGAUCCUUGGAUUAUAAUUUUCCGACAGGAGGGUUAUGGGGUUGGCAUCCGACAAACAAUAAUGUUUCCGAAGAUGAGAGGACGAUGUUUCUGACGUUUUCGAGAGGCUUUUCUGUGACGAAAGAAGAAGUUACUGAGCUUUUCACAAGGUUACAUGGACCGAAUAGUGUUGUUUGUGUUCAAAUGCAAGAAAAUAUCGUCGCCUUAAAUGAGCAGCCUUUGUUUGCUAAAAUGAUAUUGGAUUCAAUUACUACUGUUGAUAAAAUCCUGAAUGGACGACGCAUCGCCAAGUUUCGGAUUAAUGAAUUAAUUAGAAUUAGCAAAGAAAACUUGUUGGGUGCUGGUAGAUUUGGAAGUGUUUACGAUUUAGAUCCACCCGGGAUUGUAGCAGUCAAGAAAAUGUUUGCAACCUUGAGAUCAUUUCACUGCAAUGGCAAUGUAGUAACGGUUUUAAAACUGUUGCAAUAG